UUAGAAUUGACCUUUCCGGUGCUCCGUACUCCUUCCCCCCUCUCUACCUGUUUAGUGACUAAAGAUGGCGGAAGCUCCUCCAUGGCCCAGCCGGUUCUUCUGUCACAGAUGCUCGGCAGAGAUUAGUCCUCGGCUUCCCGAGUACACAUGUCCAAGAUGUGAUUCAGGGUUUAUUGAGGAACUGCUGGAGGAGAGAAGUGCUGACAAUGGCUCCGUGUCUACCAUCUCCAGUGGGCCUCCAAACGUGCAACCAUUUGAGAAUCCAGACCAGCACUUGUUCACAUUCCCCUCCGGCUAUGGUCAGUUUGCUCUUGGUGUCUUCGAUGACCGCUUUGACUUCGGGGCGGGGCUGGGAACUGAGGACAACAGGGAUGCUGAAAACAGGAGGGAAAGGGAAAACGCAUCACGGCAACGAUAUGGUGCCAGGCAACCAAGAAGUCGUCAUGGUUCAAGACGACAAGCAGGGAGGCAUGAGGGAGUUCCUACUUUAGAGGGAAUUAUUCAACAGCUAGUGAAUGGAAUAAUUGCACCCACUGCAAUGCCAAAUAUUGGUGUUGGACCCUGGGGUGUUCUACAUUCAAAUCCUAUGGAUUAUGCCUGGGGAGCUAAUGGACUAGAUGCAAUUAUAACUCAGUUAUUAAACCAGUUUGAGAACACAGGCCCUCCGCCUGCUGAUAGGGAUAAAAUAAAAACUCUUCCUACAGUACAAGUUACAGAAGAGCAUGUCGCUUCAGGACUGGAAUGCCCAGUGUGUAAAGAAGAUUACAGUGUCGGAGAAAAUGUUAGACAGCUUCCAUGCAAUCACAUGUUCCACAAUGAUUGCAUAGUCCCUUGGCUGGAACAGCAUGACACUUGUCCAGUGUGCAGGAAAAGCUUAAGUGGACAGAACACUGCAACAAACCCUCCAGAACUAUCAGGGAUGAACUUUACCUCCUCCUCCUCCUCUUCCUCCUCCUCCUCUUCAUCUUCCUCUACCCCUCAGUCCUCAAGUUCGACCAGCAAUGAGAACUCCACUGAUAACUCAUAGAGAAUGAUUUGUCCUUAUCACCCGAUGGGGCUGUUUAUAGCUCCUGGGCUGCUGUACUUCAGAGCGGUGACCUCCAGUCUCUCCCUGCUCUGGGGCAGAGACCUGAGUGCAUCUCACCAGGAGCACUUGAGCCUGAUUCAGGGGUAAGUGAUACGUGAGGUAUUACUGUCCGUCCUGUUGCUCCCACCUUCAUCAGGAAUCUGAACAAAGGAAGGGGCAGGGGCCUGGAAUGCAGCUUCAGUCAGGGAGGAUGUGGAGUAAAACUACAAAAGACUCGAUCCGCCUAAAACCACCUCAUACUGGAAGAGUACACAAAGGAAUCCAAAGGUAGAAGACUCGGGACAACAACACAGUUCCUGUUUUUGUUUUGUUUUAAUCACCGGACUUGUAUGACUUAAAAUGAUCCACUUUUGCCGAUGGAGCAAAAGGAAAUGUACAGUUUAUUCCUUUUUAUAAGUAGCAUUCAUAUCUCGCAGAUAGAGUGACCCAAAGUGCACUGUAGUGCGCUGUUGUAAGUGUGCACUUGAGUUUCUUAAUGGUUUGAAAGGAUAUUACAUUUGAUUCAAUAGCUCUCAAAGCAAAAUUACAGAAGUUUGUAAAAUGAUUUUAUCGUCAAGAUCCACUUGAAGUUUUAAGAUUACCUGACAACACACAGGUACCGUUGUUUGCACUUGAGAUGAUGUGUCAAAUUGCAGUAAUUUUGUGCUGUUUGGAUAAUGAUGUGGGUAACUAUUGCUAAAUCCCACACACAUAGGUUUAUUAUUUUGGCUGCAAGCCCACAGUUUGGAUCUGCUUUUCACAUAUAACACUCAGAAACAUUACAGUGCAUUUUAACCUAAAGGUAAAUGAGAUAUUUUCUAAAGUUUCCAGUUGACGAACUAUUGAUUUGCAGUAUGAUUGUGUCCAAAAAAUAUGAACUGAUGUGAAAAUAAAGAUGUAUGAGUGCUACCACUCAAAAUCCAUGUAAAGCAUUCUCAGCGUGUGUACAUAUAAUAUUCUUUGAAGGUCUAAUCAUGAACAACUGGACUUAACUACAGACAAAUGUAUUUUAUUUGUAUGUGAACAACCACUGAGGCAGAGUCUGUUUUCUUUGCUGCGCUCAGUGUGGUGCUGUGGUUAGACACUAGAUGGAAUGCAGUAACACAAGCAGGACAUUUUCAACAUUUUUGUCAUUGGUAGAGCAAAUGAGCUGAAAGUCACUUGUUUUCCCCUAAAACAAAAUAAAUAAAAUGGUAGAGUGGUAAACAUUUUUUGCAAACAGGAAAGUUCUCAGCUGUGCUGGCCUGUGUUUCACUCCGUCUGAA